UCAGUGCAUACAAAAGGUUUAGAUUUUGUAUGAUGAAUAAUCCGAUUUGCUUAGAAGCUAAUCAGAUUAUAUUUUAUAUAUGGGAUCUCACAAAAAAUAGCCCUACCUAAAAGAAUAAUUAAGGAUUCACAGGGAUGUGAUCAGCCGAGUGUCAAGUUUCCCCAAAUGAACGGACCAAUAAGAACACAUUUUAUUUCCGCGUUUUCUUCAAAGGCAUCGACUACGUCAAAGGCAUAUGCAUUUAAGACAGCGGUGCAAAAAACUCAGAUGUCUGUCACUGCAGUAGAAUCCAUGCAGAAAUUAAUUUACCGCUAAAGUAGGGUUUGCUUGGUCAGACAUUGGAAUGGAAAGCGGAUGGUUCCUUCAAGCUGUUUUGGUCUUAUCAUGGCUCAGUUUAUUCAAAGCACAAAACACACCUGGUCCAGGUGUGUUUUGCCUCAGAUCGAUUCCAGCUGACGGACACACGCUUCUCACGUUUCUGCGCCACGACGCCGCCGGUGUGCGCUUCUUGUAUCUCACCAAGUGGUCUGAAGAUAUGCGGCUUGCAGCGUGCGAAAUCAAUUCAAAUCCAGAUGUUACCGAAGAAUAUCACGCUUUUUGCAACAUUAAGGAGACUUGGGAUCAGGAACUUGUCGAGAAGUUUAAGAUCGGUGUGCUGCUGUCGCCGGAUUCUCUGUGCGCACUUGUACCUUCCGGAGUUCCGGAGUCUAGCGGGGGCUCAGGGAAGGAUGAGACAGAGAGGAAAACCCGGAGGAAACGCUCCUGGAUAUUCCCAGGCACGCUGUGGUGUGGCACUGGAACCAAAGCUGCCGGGUUCGAACAAUUGGGCAUGUUUGAGAAAGCAGAUAAGUGUUGCCGUGAACACGACCACUGCUCAGACAUCAUCCCAGCUUUCACUGUGAAUUAUGGAGUCUUCAACCCCAACUUCUUUACAGUCUCACACUGUGGGUGUGACCAAAGGUUUCGACAGUGCCUUCUAGGCACGAAUGACAGCAUUUCAAGUGUGGUGGGCUACAGCUUCUUCAACAUCCUGAAGGUUCCCUGUUUUGAGCUGAAGCAGCAAAAGCAUUGCACACAGAUGUACUGGUGGGGAAUGUGCAAAAAGGCUAGAGAGGCUCCAUAUGCCAUCUUCAAAAGCCCCCUGCCUUUCAACAGCUCUGAUGUUACAGGCAAAUAUGACAACAACAAUUUAACAAUAAGUAAAGAGCAGCAUUUAUUUGAGAGGCCUGUGUCAAACCCUGAGGGGAAGGCAUCGGAAUCUAAACAUAGAUGUCGUCUCAGAGAUCCAUCUGGAGGAGAUAUGUUUCACAGCAGAAGAACAAAGGGGAGUGAAUGCAAAAGGCACACGAAACUCUCUGGGGAAGGACCUUCACAAAUGCCCAGAAUAUCCAUGAAGAUGUAUAGUAAAACUCUAAAGAGAGAUGGAAAAAAGAAGACUGGGGGAAAGGACGUUCCUGGUCUUGCACAGAAAACUGACAUUCCACCAACCAUCCCCACAACCACCUCUGUACAAAUAUCAUCUACAGCAAUACCUUCAAGUAUUCCAGCUUUAACACAAAGGCUAAUCCUUGAGAAAGAUUUUACAAAAGUCAAAGGAGUGAUCAAACAAGUAAAAAGUAAACAUAAAGCCCCAUAUCAGAGUAAAUGCUGUGAAUCCAACAUGGCUGUGAGCAGGGACAUUGCUCGGUUGCACUGUAAAAGCUGUCUAAAACCAACUGUUCAAAAAACUCAGACAAAAACAUAUAAAGAUGGAUCACCAGUCAAUCUCAAGAGAAUGCGUUUAAAAAAUAAAACUGGGAUACCCAACCAGGAACCUCUAACAACUAUUUGGAGUGCAGCUACAUUUGCAACACCCAUCACAAGAGAACAAAAUAUGACAGCCUCAUUUCACAAAAAGGGCAACCAACAAAAGCAGUUGGAUUUUAAUCUAUUGUGGAAGCAGGCAGGUCAGCAGCCCUUGGGUCAUAUUACCCCCCUAAUGAUCCAUGCAAAUAACAGCCUGGUAAAAAAUGAUAUGGCAGCAGAUAAUGAGGUCAGGUGUCAAAGCCUCAAACAUCUGGAUGAUUGUAAAUACAAAAUUCCUCCUUUCGAGAAGAAAUAUAAUCUGACAAACAUGGAGUCCAAGACUGCCUAUCAUUGUGACUGCACAAGCCGUUUGGCAGUUUGGAUCAAAGGUUUAAAGGAACCAAGUCCUCCCCACUCUCUCAUGGUGGAAUUUGUCUCUCAAGACUGCUUUACUUUGUCAAAGGAGAAAAAAUGUAAUCGCACAAAAAGAUGUUCUGGGGGCUUCACUGAAGCCUCUGACCUACAUCAAGCACUUAAGAAGAUAAAAGAAAAAGACUCUGCUGCAAUGAGAUUUUCUGCAAGUGGCAGGAAAAAAAGGAUUCCUGUUCGUCUUUAUAAGUAUUGCCUAAGGCUGCAGAUGAGAGCUGAUAUUAUGGCACAGCUCAAAUAACUUAAAACUGAACUCUGUGCAGUAACAAAGCUCCUUAGAGCUUCAUCAUCUUACAAUCAGAAUUCAUUUUGUUUUUGAAGAUCAUUCCACAUUUUACUAUUAAAAUAAACUUUUUGACAUGAA